AGCAUGGCAAAAGGGUCUCAGCUUUCCCAACUGAAAUCCGCUCUUUCCCAAGCAGGUGUUACCGGGAGGCCUCAAGGUACUAAACGCAAGCGGUCUACAAACCAAGCAAAUGACAAGGCGAAGCGCGAAAGUAAACUUGCUGAAAUUCAGCAGAAGCUAAAUCCUUUCGACACCAAAGUCACCAAGUUAAAGCACGAUGUCGGUGGCCGUAAGCUCAAAGGUGUCAUUGGGAAGCCUGCACAAAGCAAAAUGGCAGGGCUAGAACAGCGUAAGAAAACUUUGCUUAAAGAAUUUCAAGAGAAGGACCGAGCGGGAGGCAUCGUGGAUCGUCGUUUCGGAGAGAACGAUCCAUCUAUGAGUUUAGAGGAUAGAAUGCUGGAACGGUUCACGAAAGAACGGCAACGAGCGUCGCGGGGGGCUGCGUUCAAUUUGGAAGACGAGGAUGAGCUUACGCAUUAUGGACAAAGUCUAUCAAAACUCGACGACUUUGAUGACGUGGAGAUGGGUUUAGAUGACGAAGAGGAGGAGCAAGGUCAAAUUGACCGCGAGGUUGUCCAAAAAGCUCACUUCGGAGGAUUUGAUGGCGAUGAGGAGGAGGAAGAGGACGGUGAGCCUGCAAGGAAGAAGUCGAAAGCCGAAGUUAUGGCAGAGGUCAUGGCCAAAAGUAAGGAGCAUAAGCUUCUAAGGCAAAUGGAACGAGAGAAAGAAGACAAUGUCAGACACGAACUGGACGAAGCUUUUGAUUCGCUGCGAGACUUGUUAUUUGUUCCAGUCGCUUCGACCUCCAACUCUGUGACCGAAACGUCGAAAGACGCUCCUGCAAAGGAAGCCUCUUCUGCCACUGAUCCGCUAGACGGUCUCGAAACACAAGAUCUUGAUUAUGACCAACGAGUUCGCGAACUUGCGUUUGACAAACGAGCGAAGCCCAAGGACCGAACAAAGACAGAAGAAGAAUUAGCGCUGGAGGAGAAGGAGACCCUAGAAAAGGCCGAGCGCAGGAGGCAAAAACGAAUGCUGGGACUGGAUGAUAGUGACAGCGAAGGUGAAGGCGUGCCAAAGAAUGGGAAGAGGAGAAGAGAAGCAGACGAUCUCGAUGACGAUCUUAUUGACGAAGAUGAAGAAUGGGCGGGCAUCGGUGCUGGGUUAGGUGAUCGUCAAGCUGACGAUGAUGUUUCGGGGUCCGAAGAUGAAAGCGGCGUGGAAGAUGACGAAGAUAGCCGGGAAGAUGAGGGGAGUGGCGACGAUGAGGGACGGCCGUUAGGCGACGUAUCUGACCAUGAAGAUCUGACGACAAAACCUAACACGACAAAGGUGGCUCUGGGGUCCAAAUCCAAGGAGUUACCUUAUACCUUCGACUGCCCUUCCACGCAUGCCGAAUUCUUGGAUAUUGUAGAUGGUAUCGAUGACAAAGACGUCCCAACUGUCGUCCAUCGAAUCCGGGCACUGCACCACACCAGUUUGGCGCCCGAGAACAAAUUCAAGCUCCAAGCCCUUGCAGGUGUACUUAUCGAUCACGUCCUUUAUCUUUGCUCUCCUCCGACCCCCCGCCUUACUCAUCUCUCGGCUCUCUUACCACACCUCUUUGCAUUGACUAAAGCAUAUCCCGUACAAUCGGCGGAGUUCUUCGUCAAAAAGCUUACUCUCAUGCACAAAAAUCUCAAUCGAGGUUUGUCUCGUGGUGCGGUGGACCCCGAGGCUAAAACAUGGCCUGGUCUUCCAGAGUUAUCCCUACUGCGCAUUAUCGGCGUUGUUUGGUCGACCAGUGACUUGAACCACGCGGUCGUCUCACCUACGCGAGUGCUCAUGGGGGCGUAUCUAGGGUUGGGGCGAGUUCGGUCACUCGCCGACAUUGCGAGUGGACUUUUCCUCUGCUCCUUGUUUUUGCAGUUUGAAAAGUUAUCCAAGCGUUUGGUGCCGGAAGCAGUCAAUUUCGUUAUCAAUGCAGUCUUGCAUCUAGCUCCGAAUAGCUAUAAGGAUGCGUCUGCUCUCCCGGGGUCUUUUCCCUCACCAGACUUCAGAUCUGAGCUAUCUAGCUCCUUCACGGUCCAACGUGGCACUGGAUCCCCUUCAAGCCAGAAGCUGGACUUACUGGAAGUCCUGAUAGCAGGUUCUGCGAAUGAAGGGACAAAAUUUGGUCUUCUCAGCGUAGCACUGGAUCUCGUGGUGCGGUUCGCGGAACUGUAUAAGGGCUUAGAGGGGUUCGUGGAACUAUACGAACCUAUUUCUACCAUCCUGAAACACAUAUUAAAACAAACCGGGCUCAGCGAAGCUCUCGAGACUCGCGUAAAAGCCGUAUCGGAUAGUACCAAGAGGCUAUUGAAGUUUGCACGCCAAGCCAGACAGCCUCUCCAGCUGCAGGCUCACAAGCCUAUUCCUAUUCCUACUUAUAUUCCCAAGUUCGAGACGUCGUCAUCCUCUUAUCUUCGUCAUCAAGAUCCUGACCAUGAACGGAACGAGGCUUCGAAGUUACGGAAUCAGUAUAAGAAGGAGAGGAAGGGCGCGAUUCGGGAACUUCGAAAGGACGCCAAAUUCCUUGCUGGCGUGCAGCAACAGAAGCAGAAAGAUAAAGAUAGGGCAUAUAACGAAAACAUGCGGCGUGUUUUCGGGUCUAUUGAGGGCGAGAGAGCGGAGGAAAAGUCUAUGGAGAGAGAGAAAGCCAAGGAGAAGAGGAGGGCAGGUCGGAAGUAACCUGGUACCAGAGUUCUUACCGCCAAUUCCUUCUUCAUCUUAUUGUCCUGCUACUUUAGAUAGAAAUGAGAAUUGGCUGGCAUAGCGCUCUGAAUAAUGUCGCAUAUGGCGUCGAAUUUAGAUUGCUGGUCGAGGGCCUGUCUGUCUGGGGAGGCCGGGUUCCUCGUGACCGUUCUCAUCCUCAGCAGAGUUAACUCCAAGUCUCUGCCCAGUUCGAUUUAAUGGAAUGUCUGCUGAGAUCGGGGGUCAACCGGUCAUCUAUCUGCGUCUUGUCUCCAGCCUAUUCACUUUCUACGCUAGUGCUAAGAGGCUGCAGCUUUGGGUUUGGGGGUUAGGCUGCCUGUAAUCACUAAAUGGGAAUAUGUGUUCGGUCCCGUAGCAGUAUGUGAUCUUUACGGCCCAUGGGUCAUACACGUGAAGUACACCCUGUUUUGCUUCCUCCUCGGACUUUGGGAUC